AUGGAGUUCAAUGAAAAAGCCAACGAGGAGGUGUCCCACAUGGAGCACGGCAACGUCGACGAUCAUGUCAAAUCCGAUGAUCUCGCGAGACAAGCGGCCGCAACAGAGCAUGAGGAUACAUUCAUGCAAGCGCUUCGCAAGUACCCCAAAGCAGCAAUGUGGUCGGUCUUACUCUCAACCUGCAUUAUCAUGGAAGGCUACGACAUUGUCCUCAUGUCCUCAUUCUUCGCCCAGCCAGCCUUCAAGGAACGCUACGGCUCGUAUAUAGCUAGCAGCGACAGCUACCAAAUCACUGCAUCCUGGCAGAAUGGCCUCAGCAACGCGGUAUCUGUUGGUACCAUCGUGGGUGCUUUCGCUAAUGGAUAUUUCACCCAUCGCUAUGGCUACCGCAAGGUUUUGCUGGCAAGCUUGGUUGCAAUCACGGCAUUCAUAUUCAUCCCCUUCUUCGCAACCAACUUGCCCGUCCUACUGGUUGGCGAAUUUCUUUGCGGUAUUCCCUGGGGAGUCUUUGCCACCAUGGCGCCAUCGUAUGCGUCUGAAGUCUGUCCACUCUCCCUGCGCGGUUAUCUUACUGUAUAUGUGAACCUGUGCUGGGCGAUUGGUCAGCUUAUCUCUGCUGGAGUGCAGUCUGGAUUCUCUGAAUAUAGAACCGAGUGGGGAUAUCGCAUACCCUUUGCUAUCCAGUGGGCAUGGCCUAUUCCACUCUUUGUGAUCCUGCUGUCUGCUCCAGAGUCCCCAUGGUAUUUUGUCCGACGAGGUGAAUAUGUUUCUGCGGAACGGAGCAUGAUUCGUCUUGGCUUUGACGCGAACGGCGGGGCGAAACAAAAUGUGGCGAUGAUGAUCCACACUAACGAGCUGGAGAAGCAGAUCGACCAAGGCACAAGCUACUGGGAUUGUUUCCGUGGUGUUGAUCUUCGCCGAACGGAGAUUGCUUGUAUGGCCUUCGCCGCCCAACCCUUCUGUGGCUCUGCCAUGGGUGGCACUCCCACAUACUUCUUCGAACAGGCCGGUCUACCCUCUUCAAUCUCAUUCAAAAUGUCCGUGGGUGGACUCGGGCUCGCCUUUGUUGGCACCGUUAUCUCCUGGUAUCUCCUGCAUGCCUUCGGCCGUCGUACCCUCUAUCUUUGGGGGUUGGGCCUACUAACCGUCAUUUUGAUGGUGGUGGGCUUUGUAUCCGUCGGCGCUGGAGACUCAGUUGAAGGCAACUACGCGCAAGCAACAAUGAUGCUCCUCUGGCUGCUUGUAUACUACCUCACUGUUGGGCCAAUAUGUUAUGCGAUCAUCAGUGAGACUUCAUCUACUCGCCUGCGAAACAAGUCUGUUUGUCUCGCUCGUAUCACAUAUUAUAUCUCGCAGAUUAUCUGCAAUGUCAUCAAUCCAUAUAUGCUGAACCCCACAGCUGGAGAUUGGAAGGGCAAGACCGGCUUUUUCUGGGGUGGCUGCGCCUUGGCCUUCUUUGUUUGGUCAUUCUUUCGGCUACCAGAGACGAAGGGUAAGACAUUCGAGGAGUUGGAUAUCCUGUUUUCACGCAAGAUUGGCUCCAGAGACUUCUCCAAGUAUCGGGUUGAUGCCUACGCUGAGGGUACUGAGGCUCUUGUGUUGAAAGACUAA